AUGGAGGAAGCAAGUUCCUCUGGCUCCCGGCUCUCCAGCUGCCUCAUCACCCUGGCCUUCCUGCAGCUGCCCAUCCACGUGUCAGGGGAGUCCGGCCAGUUCCACCUGGCGCCGCUAGGGGGCACAGCCAGGCUGCUCUGCCCGCUCUCGCUCUGGUCCGUCCCGACGCUCACGGAGGUGCGAUGGCUGCGGUCCCUGCCCCGGCGGCGCUCCCAGGUGGUCCACGUGUUCCGGGAGGACAAGGUCCGCGAGGAGGACGUGGUGCCGGAGUUUAAGGGGAGGACGACGCUGGAGAGGGACGCGCUGGAGGGAAACGUCACGCUGGAGAUCCGCCACGUCCGGCUGGAGGACCGGGGGCCGUACCGGUGUCAGGUCCGCAUCGCCAACCUGAGCCGGGAGGGCACCGUGGUCCUGCAGGUGGCAGUUCUAGGCUCCGACCCUUACAUCCACGUGAAGGGCUACGACGCGGGAUGGAUCCAGCUGGUGUGCAGGUCGGCGGGCUGGUUCCCACGGCCGUGGGCCGAGUGGAGAGACCCUCACGGCAGGGUGCUUCCAUCGGAGCCCCAGGCCCUCUCCCUGGACGACGCGGGGCUCUUCGAAACCGCCGUCUCCAGCAAAGUCAGGGACAGCACCGUGGGCAGCGUGUCCUGCACCAUCCGCAACGAUGCCCUGGGCCAGGAGAAGACCACGGCCAUGGUCAUAGCAGCCCCAUCUCCAGGGAGGAUCUCCCCCUUAGCAGUGGCUCUUGCUGUGGUCCUGGCUGUCCUGGGGCUUCUCCUCAUGGCGGGCAUUUGCGUCAUCUGGAAGCAAAGACAAUCAAAAGAGAAGCUUCUCUAUGAACAGGUGGUGGAGGUAGAAACUCUUCUUGAAGACCAUGCAAAAGAAAAAGGAAGGCUCCAUAAAGCCCUCAAGAAACUCCGGAGUGAACUGAAGUUGAAAAGAGCUGCAGCCAACUCAGGCUGGAGAAGGGCCCGGCUGCACUUCGUUGCCGUGACCCUGGACCCCGACACCGCGCAUCCCAAGCUCAUCCUGUCGGAGGACCGCCGGAGCGUGAAGCUGGGGGACCGCAGGCAGCCUGUGCCCGACACCCCGCAGCGGUUCGACUUCGUGGUCAGCGUGCUGGGCGCCGAGGCCUUUGAGGCCGGCUGCCACUACUGGGAGGUGCUGGUGGCGGACAAGACCAAGUGGAUCCUGGGCGUGUGCCGCGAGGCGGUGAGCAGGAAGGGCAAGGUCACGGCCUCGCCCGCCAACGGGCACUGGCUGGUGCGGCAGAGCCGCGGCGCCCAGCUCGAGGCGCUCACGUCCCCGCAGACCCCGCUGCGCCUGCGGGAGCCCCCGCGCUGCGUGGGCGUCUUCCUGGACUACGACGCGGGCGUCAUCUCCUUCUACGACGCCUCCGACCGGUCCCACAUCUUCACCUUCACCCACGACGCCUUCUCCGGCCCGCUCCGCCCCUUCUUUGAACCCUGCCUGCACGACGGAGGGAAGAACACGGCCCCUCUGGUCAUCUGCUCGGAGCCCCACACACCGGAGGAGCCCGUGGCCCCCAAGCCCGAGGGGAAAGGCCACGCCAACGGAGACGUGGCCCUCAAGGUGGACCCUUCCCUCCGGCCCUGGUCCCCUGAUCUGGGCCCGGCGCUCCAGGGGCUCAAGGUUCCCUCUUUUUAG